AUGGCAUCAAAUGAGGAUUGUGCUUCGGUACUGGAGCAGUUCAUUCAUGAUGCUGCUAAUUUGCCCGCCGAGAUCAACCAUAUGAUGGAAGAGAUUCAGGCCAAAGACAAAGACCUGCAAAAGUACCUCUCUGUUAUCAACCAGAAAGACACAACUAUUCAAAAGCAUCUCAAAGUGAACGGCGUUCUUACCCCUCAUCCAAAGGAGAACGAGUACGCUGAGUUAGUGAAGAAGAACUACGAGCUAUGUGUAGAACUCCAGGACCAAAAGACGGCUUUGAGCGAAAAGGCAUGCAAUCUCUUAGAGCGACAGGUCAAGAAACUGGACUUGAAGAUUAAGGAGCUGCAAAAUGACGGCCAGCUUCUCGAUGGGCCCCCAUUACCCAGCGUCUUCAACCGCAAGGCCGAAGUGCAGAAAACGUUCGUUGACUUGCCCGCCAAUCUACCACUUCAGAACGCGUCCAUCAGUGCUCUGAACGCAAAUACGCAUAGAAUUAAUGCGCACAUGGUUGCCACCAUGCAGCAGGCACAAACCAGGCCGCUCCCGCAAAUAGCGACAGCUAAUGCGCCGGUGCAACGAAAUUCCGCUCCUGCGACACCCGCUUCGGCGGUGCAACAACAACGGCAACGAGAGCGCGAACAUUCCCUCGGUGCAGACAACAAAAGACGUAAAUUGGGCAAUCCCUUGGCAGGAACAAGCCUACCGACUCAACCCUCGAAUCUCAGGCAGUCUUCCCUUGGUCCCGGCACACCAAAAGCCGGCACUCCCACCGGUACCUCAGCCAGCAGGGCUGGCAGUAUCCCUCGAACCACAGGUUCUCAACAAGCUGCAGCCCCUUCGAAAAAGUCAGGCCUUUCGAAGAAAGUAAUCUCACAUCAGCAAGUCAAUAAGCUCAAGCAAAAAGGGACCAACAAGGGAAGGCUAUCGGCUGGACGCAAGAAAGGGCAAUCCCCCUCUGUGCGUGGAGGGCGUGGAGGCACGGCAGCCUCGGAAGAUGCAGACUCGGUUUUGUCAUCUGCAGAUGCGUCGGAAACAGAUGCUUCGCAAUCUAGAGGAAGGCGAAGCAACAAGAAGCACCCUGUCGAUGAGCCUGACGUAGAGAUGGGUGAAGACGAGGAUGCGGAAGAUGAAGAAGGCGAGGAUGACAAGCGAUACUGUUUCUGCAAUCAACGCAGUUACGGUGAAAUGGUGGCUUGUGAGAACGAUGACUGUCCUUACCAGUGGUUCCAUACUGGCUGCCUGAACAUGAAGAAAGUGCCCGACGAGGAUGAAGAUUGGUAUUGUCCGACAUGCAGGGAGAAGCCAGAGAUCAUUGAAAAGGUUCGGUUGAAGAAGAAGUCCGGAAGGAAGUGA